AUUCAUCAUAAUCCUAGCAGUCAUCAUAAAAUCAGCUGUUUUGAAGAUACUGAGCAAUCCCUAUCAAUGAAGAAUACCGAAAAGGGAGAAAUUAAGGGUUGCCGAAAUAUUCAAAAAGCAAUUCACAAAAGGAACUCUGAUAUCAGACAAAAGACUGAAACAAUUGAUAUUGCUGAAUUAAUGGCACACAUUCCCUUCCUAUGUCGUUGUUCCACUGGUGAUAUCAAUAUUGUGCUGUUAGAUAGUCCUGGUUUAUCUGAAUCUAAUGAGUUAGGAAUAUCUGAAGUAUCAGAGUACCAACUGAUGACCUGCUCGGCAUAUGUGUAUGUAAUGUCUGGUACACAAUUGGAGGAUUCUAUUGAUACUGCCUCGCUGAGAGCUAUAGUUGACAGAGACCCAAAAUUAUUUGUUGAAAACCGGUGCCUGAUUGCUGUAACAAGGCUUGAUGAAUAUGAAAUACCUGAUGCCAAAUUUGAUGAUAAAUCUGGUUCAAAUGAUAGUGAUGAAUCAAGUCAAAAUGAAAGUGAUCUUGACAAGUGUAUUGCUCAUAUCAGGAAGAAAGUCCAGGACCAGUGCAAGGGCUUUGUGUCUAUUCCAGAUGAUUGCAUUAUCCCUUUGUGUGCUACUGGAGCUCUUGAGGCAAGGAAAGAGAAGCUAGGAGAAAAGAGGAGUAGAGAAAUGAAAGUGCUGAUGGCAAAGUUAGAUGUAUCAACUGUAGAGGAAGUUGAAGAAGUUAGUCAAGUAACAUUGCUAGAAAAAAAGUAAGUUAUAAGUUAAUUGCUUAGUAACAAGUGUAAAGGCCUUUCUACACUUGAACUAUUCCAGAAGUCAGCUCAUCAAUGCGCAUUGAAUGAGCAUCAACUGAUUCCACACUAUCUUCAAGAUCAUGUAUAUUUUGAUAGCAUUUCUGAUCCA